GUUCCAGAUUUUCAGGAGCAUGAUAUCUUCUUGUGGAGGAAGGAAACCGGCUUUGGCUUUAGAAUUCUUGGAGGGAAUGAACCUGGGGAGCCAAUAUUCAUAGGUCAUAUCGUGCCUCUGGGAUCAGCUGAUGCAGACGGUCGGCUGAGAUCAGGCGAUGAAUUGAUCUGUGUGGAUGGCACAGCUGUAGUUGGGAAAUCCCAUCAACUCGUAGUACAGCUUAUGCAGCAAGCAGCUAAACAAGGCCAUGUCAAUUUAACCAUAAGACGUAAAGUAGUUUAUCCAGUUCUCAAAACAGAAAAUGAAGUCCCUGCCUCACCAGCAUCUUCCCAUCAUAGUAGUAACCAGCCCGCAUCUCUGACAGAGGAGAAACGCACUCCCCAGGGCAGCCAAAACUCACUAAACACUGUUAGCUCUGGCAGUGGCUCCACCAGUGGAAUCGGCAGCGGUGGAGGUGGAGGGAGCGGCUUAGUCAGCACUGUGGUUCAACCUUAUGACGUGGAAAUUCAACGUGGUGAAAAUGAAGGUUUUGGAUUUGUCAUUGUGUCAUCCGUCAGCAGGCCGGAAGCUGGAACCACUUUCGCUGGAAAUGCAUGUGUGGCCAUGCCUCAUAAAAUAGGUCGGAUAAUCGAGGGCAGCCCAGCCGACCGCUGCGGAAAGCUCAAAGUGGGAGAUCGGAUACUGGCCGUCAACGGGUGUUCCAUCACCAACAAAUCACACUCGGAUAUUGUCAACUUAAUUAAAGAAGCUGGAAACACUGUAACUCUACGCAUCAUCCCUGGAGAUGAAUCCUCCAAUGCUUCAUUACUGACCAAUGCCGAGAAAAUUGCCACAAUUACGACUACGCAUACGCCUCAGACAAUAUCCCAGGAAACAAAGAACAAUUCAAAACCAAAGCAAGAGCCCCAGUUUGAGUUCAAAAAUCCACCAGCCACUCAGCAACAGGAGCCAGAAUUUUAUACAGUAGAGCUUGAUAAAGGAGCGAAAGGUUUUGGGUUCAGCCUCCGAGGGGGACGGGAGUAUAACAUGGACCUUUACGUUUUACGUCUAGCAGAAGAUGGGCCUGCAGAGAAAUGUGGGAAGAUGAGGGUCGGCGAUGAGAUUCUAGAAAUCAACGGAGAGACCACAAAGAACAUGAAGCACACUCGGGCAAUUGAACUGAUUAAAAAUGGCGGUCGGCGAGUGCGUCUAAGUCUGAAACGUGGAGAUGGUUCUGUGCCGGAAUAUGAAGCCAGCAGUGACAGGAACAGCCCCACAGCCAGCUCACAAAAUCUUUCGAAAAUGAACACUAUGCCAUCAGAGAGACAUCCCAUGCCAUUGGAGUUCAGUUACCCACCAAAUACUCACAAGUCAUUACAGCAUGAGGAAAAACGGACUCACUUCAAAGACCCUAAGGGAAGCAGGGACUACAAUAGACAACAUAAUGACCAUCACACUUGGAAUGGGUCCUCUAAAAAUUAUUCUGUACAGAGUGGCCGAAGGGAAAGGUCUCCAGAGGCCAGGCGGCCAAGGCAAGGGGAAAGAAUGGCAGUCAAUGGACAGAAAAAAAUGUCUCCUGAAAAGAGAACUGAAGGGACAAGGAGUGCUGAAGACACUUUCGAAAGGAAAGAAAAAGAACGUCAUGAGAGAAGAAGAGACAGUUCUUCUCAAAGAACUAGGGAAAGGUCACCUGUACGAAAAAGAGAUGGGUCACCCACCCGUAGACGAAAGUCACUGGAUCGCUUUAUGGAUCAAAGAAGAUCACCGGACCGAAGAAGAGAGAGCUCUCCUGAACGAAGAAGAGCAAAGUCAUCUGACAGAAGAAGGGAAAGAUCUCCUGACAGAAGACGGGAUCGUUCCCCCGAAAGAAGGAGAGAAAGGUCUCAAGAAAGGAGGAGGGAAAGAUCUCCAGACAGACGAAGCAGAGAUCAAAAAUCCAGCAAUCGAGACCGGGAUGAUCAUAGUCUGAAGUCUGAUACUAUGAGAAAUGCUAGACAUCCCCCAGAUCAACGGAGGAGAGCCUAUAAGGAAUGUAGCACAGACCUCAGUAUCUGA